ACCGGGUAUUGGUGGCAGCACUGAGGGGCCCCUCGCUGCCCCCGUCAUGGCAUCUGCUCUCACCGUCCUCUUCCUCGGUUUCUGGCUGGCCGGGUGCAGCGCGGAGUCAGGAGCAGGCAGGCAGCCAGCCUCCCCCCGCUCCCAGCACCUCCCCCAACCCAGCCAUGGGAGAGAGAAAGAGCGGGGGCUCCCUGGGGCAGUGGGGAAGAAGAAUGGACAUUUUGGGGGACAACAAAGCACAUUGCCAGAGCCGUGGAGCCUGUCUCACCUCCCGCCAGGGAAAAGAGUCACACCCACAGAGGGGUCCUACCCCAAACCCUCCAUCUCCGUCAGCCCCGGUGGGGUGAUCCCCGUGGGGGGAAACGUCACCAUCCGGUGUCACUAUCAGCUCCUGGGCAUGAGGAUCCUCCUCUACAAGGUUGGAGCUGGGAACUAUCUGAAUUACACAGACCCUGCCGGCUCUGAGGCUGAAUUUCCCAUCACCAGCGCCAGACGGGAACACGGGGGCAACUACACCUGUCGUUAUAGCAACAGAACAGGACCAGCUGCCUACUCGGAGCCCAGUGACCCUGUGCAGAUCAUUGUAGCAGAGCCCAGCUACCCCAAACCCAGCAUCUCCCUGAGCCCCAGCGGGGGGGUCUCCCUGGGGGGAGCCGUGACUGUCCGGUGUCAGGGGCAGCACCAGGGCAUGCGGUUCGUGCUGAAUAAAGAGCGACGCCGUUUCCCACCUGUGGAUUCGGACGGGUUGGAGGUUGUGUUUCCCAUCAGCAACGUGAGCUGGGAGCACGGCGGGAGCUACAGCUGCUUCUAUCACAGCCGAUCGGAGCCGUUCAACGUGUCGUACCCCAGCGACCCCAUGGAGCUGGUGGUGAGAGAUCCCAGCUUACCCAGACCCUCCAUCUCCCUGAGCCCCACUGGGGUCACCGCCCCAGGGGCAGACGUCACCAUCCGGUGUCAGGGUCCGCACUGGGAUGUGAGGUUUUUCCUGCACAAGGCUGGAGACCUGAACCUGCAGCGACACAUGGACCCUGCUGGGGCCGGGGCCGAGUUCCGCAUCCCCAGCGUGGGCCAGCAGCACGGAGGGAGCUACAGCUGCAGCUACCAGAACCGAUCAGACUCAGAGCCCUUCGUCUCCUCGCAGCCCAGCGACCCCGUGCAGCUGGUGGUAACAGGGGGAACCUACCCGACUCAGUCAGGAACGGCGCCGACUUCCCCCUGCUCAGGCAGCGCGAAGCCAGAUACCAAGUCUAAGGGCAGUGAAUCGCCAUCAAUCACCCCAAAAACCGAAGGAACCACCUCAGCUGGGCCCAAGCAGCUGAAUCCCCCCACGACGGAGCCAGACGGAGAAGUCCCAUAG